AUGUAUACAAAUUAUCGGCUUAAAAACCAACAAAACAUUAAACACUCGACAGUCGACACACAUAUCUAUUUAGCCACUCUGGAGAAGAAGGAGAAGGGCUACCACUCUAUUAUGCAAAUAAAUGAUGUGAAUGUGGAGGACGCCGGCAAGUACAAGGUGAUCGCCAAGAAUGAGCUUGGUGAAAGUAAUGCCUCGAUUACACUAAAUUUUGACGAUGAUGAGGCACCGGUGCCCGUGGACGGCGCCAAACCCACGUUCACCGAAAAACCUGUGAUAAAACAAUCGGACGACUGCUCAAGGAUUACGUUUGAGUGCCGAUUAGUAGCCGAUCCCAACCCAUCCAUCCAAUGGCUGCACUCCGGGAAAGUGGUUAAAGAGGAUUCUAGACAUAAGUACUCCCUAUUGUCCGACAAACACAACCAAAUAGCAUCUCUUACCAUCUCUGAUGUCUGCAACGAAGACAGCGGUGAGUAUAAGGUCGUGGCCACCAAUAAACACGGCGAUGGAUACGCCACUAUUAACUUGAACUUCGAUGAGGAUAAACCGGAUCUACCGGACGGCAAAGCCCCCAGAUUUCCAAAGAAGCCCACAAUUAGACAAAAAGGAACGACACUUAUAUUAGAAUGCCUUCUGGAAGCGAAUCCCUUUCCAGAGAUUACAUGGUUUCACGGAACCAAAGCCCUGUCUACUGGAGUCCGUCAUAAGACCAAAAAAGUAGAUACUGGCAAAGAUACGUACACAUUGUCCCUCGAGAUCUCUGACCCAACCACUGAUGACGGCGGGAACUAUAGGUGCAAUGCCGUCAAUGAAUUGGGCGAAUCCAACGCUAAUAUUGCGCUCAACUUUCAAAGCGGUGAUGACGAAGACUUGUCGCCAGUAUUUGUUCAAAAGCCGCGAAUCAUUCCAAAGGAAGGAAGCGUUACCCUGGAAUGUAGGGUCAAGUCGACCACCAAAAUCACUACCGUUUGGUAUAAGGGGUCGACUGUUGUCAAAGAGUCGACAAGAGUGAAGAGUUCCCUAAUUAAUGAAUCUAAAGAGGAAUACACUGUCACACUGGAUAUUAAAAGCCCUUCUGGAGAAGACAGUGGAGAAUAUAAAUGUGUGAUAAAGAAUGAAAGCGGAGAACUCAUUGCAAACCUGAAGCUAAACAUUGAGGGCGCGACUAAGGGGACGGGAGAGGCGCCCACUUUUGUGGAGAAACCGAAAAUCAUUUCCGAACGGAACGGCAAGUUAAUAGUAAUGGAGUGCAAAGUGAAGUGCAAACCAAAGCCCGAUAUCGUGUGGUUCUACGAGUCGAGUGAAGUGCGAGAAUCGACACGAAUUAAGCAGACAAUCAGUGAAGAGAAAGACGUCUAUUUGAUUCGUAUGGAAAUACACGACCCGGCACUCAAAGACUCUGGUGUUUACAGAUGUAAUGUUAGGAACAGCGCCGGAGAGAUCGCUCCUGUGAUCAAAGAGAAGCCACGAAUUAUACGCAAAGAAAGACAACAAAAAAUAGUAAUUGAAUGUAAUGUUGAAUCCGGAGGUAAACCUAAUUUCAUUUGGCAAAGAGAGACAACUCUUGUCAAAGAGGACUCAAGACAUCAGAUUAUUGUAAGGGAAGAGAAUAAAGGAGAAUAUGUUAUCGCUCUUGAAAUCGAUAGACCCGGUGCUAACGACAAAGGCAUGUAUACACUGAUUGCCAAAAACGAGAAGGGAGAAGUGACCUCCCAGGCCAUCAAUGUUACCAUUGAUGACGACGAGGAGGAGGAGAAAAAGAAGGGCUCAAAGCCUAAAAUUAUUCAAAAACUUCGCUCAGAAACCGUAGAAUCGGGCGAAACGAUCGAAUUGAUCACAAGAUACCAAUCGACCGAAAAGACACGAGUGAUUUGGUAUAAAGACAGGCGAGUGAUCAAUGAAAGUCGAAACUAUAGGAUCUAUUCCGACGAUUCCACUUCGAGACUAACGAUCAACAACGCGACCACAGAAUUAAGUGGAGAAUAUUCUGUGGAAAUCAUCAACUCUUCGGGCAAAGAGGAGUCGAGCGCUACUCUUAGAGUAACAAAAGCCACAGAAGAGGAGGAGGAGGCCGAAGAAGAGGUCGAAAAGAAAAAAGUCAAAAAGACUGUCGAGGAAGAGGUCGAAGAGAAAAAAGAGUCGAAAAAAGUAGAGGAAAAGAAAAAAGAGGAGGAACUCAAGAAAACAGAGGAAACAGAACUCAAGGAUAAAAAGAAACUUUCGGUUAAAAAGAAAGCCGAAGAGAAGAAAGUCGACGAAAACAAAGUCGAAACCAAAAAAGACGAAGAACUCAAGAAAACCGAAGAAACAAAACUCGAGGACAAGAAAAAGCUUUCGGUUAAGAAGAAAACCGAACAAAACGAGGAAAUAAAUAAUAAAACUAAAGUCGAAGAGAGAAAAGAGAGUUUGAAAGCCGAGGAAAAUAAGGUCUUCAAGUUAGACGAUCCGCCAAAGAAAAAGGCUUCUGUUAAGAAAAGGGAGAGUUUAGUCGAUAAGACUAAUGAAGUGACAGAGACUGAAGACAAGACUAAACUCAAACCGACGACAAGUCCGCCAAAGAUUAUAAUUCAAACCAAAGAAGAGGACAAAACAGAACCAAAACCCGAAGAAAAAACAGGUAAAAAACUUUCCGUUAAGAAAAAGGAAGAGAAGUCUACUGUUGACACCAAAGUAGAACCAAAACCAGAGACCAAACCCGAACCAAAACCGGAAGAAAAGAGGAAAUUAUCGAUUAAGAAGAAGGAAGAGGUGUCUACUGUUGAGACUAAAGUAGAAACAAAACCGGAGACAAAACCCGAAGAAAAGAGAAAGUUGUCGAUUAAGAAGAAAGAAGAGACAACUGUAGAGACAUCUGUUUCGAAACCUGAGACAAAACCAGAAGAAAAGAGGAAAUUAUCGAUUAAGAAGAAGGAAGAGGUGUCUACUGUUGAGACUAAAGUAGAAACAAAACCGGAGACAAAACUCGAAGACAAGAAAAAGUUGUCGAUUAAGAAGAAGGAGGAGACAAAGACCACUGAAGAGACAACUGUUUCUAAAACAGAACCAAAAUUAGAGGCCAAACCCGAAGAGAAGAGAAGAUUAUCCAUAAAGAAAGCACAGGAAGAGAAAAGUGCUGAAAGUGUUGACGUAAAAGAGGCAAAAGCAGAGAUGGCGUCGAGACUGGAAGUCGAGCCGAAGAAAAAGCUUUCGUUGAAGAAGAAGGUGUCGGAAAAGAAUUUGGAAAACGACAAGAAUGGUGAGGACGACAAACGCAAGGACUCACUGGUCAUCGAAGAGCCCGUUAAGAGAAGGCUUUCGGUGAAAAAGCCUGAGAAACGUGAGAGUAUUCCCUCCAUUGGUGAGCCGACAGAGGCGGGCGGGACUCCAACGGUGGGCGCGAAAAAAGGUUCGGUUAAUGAAAAUCGCGUUCAAAUUCCUAUAGUUAGAGAACCAACGCCUGAAUUAGAGCGCAAGGAAUCGGUUGAUAGUAGUAGUGAUAGACGCGAUUCACUAGUUUUAGACACACCUCCGCCCAGUCUUAGUCCGCGGGGUUCACGGAGGGGUUCCAUACUUAUUGUUGCAGAUGAGAAGGGGCUGGCGGUUGACGAGGCGGGACAGACCAAGAAGUUGAGGCCGGGAGAGAUGCUUGAAGUGAGGCGCGGCUCAGCUAUGCUUAGGAAGGGUAGUAUUGAUAUGAGACGGCUGUCGGCCGCUGAGAUAGACAUCGCCGACAAGCCGUCGACGCCAUUGCGAGCUCAGGGCGAUGAGGGGCCGCCAGUUAUUACAGAUUUCGUGUCGAGUGUCAGUGCAGUCGACGAUGACAGUGGAAUGGACUUCCGGGCUAUGCUUAAAGCCAAACAAUACGCCAAAUGGAAGAAAGAGAACGAAGACCCCGAUUGGGGAUCACUUAAGGCUACUGAAGAUGAACGCAGGGCUUCUCUCAAAGAGACCAAGGACGAUACAAACGAUCAGUCACUCCGAGUCCCCAGUCCUAGCAAUUCAAAGGAUAGGCGAACAACUCUCGCAGAUAUCAUACCCGAUUGGCCGACAUUACAAGCGGUUAAGAAAAAAAGACAGAAACCCGAUGUCUUUAUCAAACCUCUUGUGGACCAACGCGUCAAAGAAGGAAAGGACAAAAUGGUUCGCUUCGAAGCCGUUUACUCCAAGUCCGGCAUUAAAGCCAAAUGGUUUAAAGGCAGGACUGAGCUCUUCAUGGGCAAGAAGUACAACAUGACCAGCACUGGAGACCUUCACGUGCUAGAGAUCCGCGACCCGAGGGUCGAAGACGGCGCUCAAUACAAGUGCCAGUGUUUGGAGACCUCGUGCACAGCGAUGUUGGAAGUGGACAGACCCGACCCGGUCUACAAAUUCAUUAAGAACUUGCAGAAGAAGUACGAACAGUUCACGGGUAGGGAACUGGCGCUCGAGUGCACCACCAACCACUACAAGGCACCGGUCAAGUGGUAUAAGGGCGACAACCGGAUCGAGCCGAGCGACAAGUACUCGAUUGAGCAGGAUACUUUCGGCAAAAAAAUCUUGCGCAUUAAUAACUGCGCGGUCAGUGAUUCCGGUGACUACUCGUGUAAAAUAACGCCGAACGCCACGGAGGAAGUGACCAAAGCUGAGGUGGUCUGCACUGACAAGCAAUACAUUUUCGUCAAGUAUUUGAUGAGUUUGAGGACCACUGAGAACGAGACGAUUACAUUGGAGUGCGAAGUGGACGACAUGUACGCGAAGGUCCAGUGGUUCAAAGAUGGCAAAGAGAUCGCAUCCAUUCCCAAAAAGAUGGACAUUAUUUCUGACGGAAGGAAACGUAAAUUGAUUAUCAAAAAAGCCAAAGUGACGGAUGAGGGCGAGUAUAGCUGUACCACAAAUGCGGACAAAACUGUUUGCGAGACAAUCGUUGAGCCCGCAAAUAAGUUCCGUAAGAAACUACAGGACAAGACUGUGUUAGAGCGCGAAGAGAUUGUUCUGGAGGUGGAAAUGCUGGAGAAGAAGGCGCCCAUCAAGUGGUAUAAGAAUGGAGAAGAGAUCAGACCUAAUGAUAGAAUUACAAUCAAAUACAAUGACGACGGGAAGCAACAGUUGAUUAUAACCAAUGCACAGAUGGAUGACAUCGGAGAGUAUAGCGUCAAGAAUGAGAAGGGAAUGAAAUGCAGCUGUAAAGUGGAUGUCAAAGAGGCUGAAAAGAAACCGGAGCUCCGACUCGACAAAACCGACUAUCAGGCAGACGCUAACCGGCCCUUCACUAUCGAGAUUCCAUACAAAGGCAAUGAUUUUUGUUAUAAAUAUUGA